UGGCGGAACUUGAGUCUUACACAGGGGGGAAUCUAUCUACUACCGCGCGUCGUACGGGUCGUCCUUCGUACCCGUGCCCUUCCAGGCCUCAAGCUCCAUCGCCCGCUGCGAGUAGAAGCCCUUCUUCUUCUUGAUGCCCUCGCGCGUCGACCGGCGGAGCGGCCCCGUCCGUUCGACUUUAACUUUCUUCAGGCGCGGUUUCGUGGUCCGCGCCGCCGGGGCAGCAUCGGCGUCGUCGUCGUCGGCGCCGGAGUCCCGAGCGCGCUUGCGCGACAUUGAUGCUACGACCGGUUUCGCCGCGGCGCCGCCCGCGGCGCGCCGGGGCGGCGGCUUGGCGCGCGGGCUCGUGGGUUUGUUCUUGGCCGCCUCGGCGGCCGCAGCUUUUGCGAGUGCUUCCUGGGCUUCUUCCGCUUUCCUGGCUUCUUCCUCUUCAGCAGCGCGCGCCGCUGCGUCGCGCUCGGCCGCCGCGGCGGCCUCCUGCUUCCGGCGCUCGUCGUCGGCCCGUUUCUGUCGUGCACUUUCCUCAAUAGCUCUCGCCUUUUCUUCGGCCUCCCUCUUUUUCUUCUCUGAGGCCUCCUUCUUUCGCUGGGCGGCAAUUUCGGCCUUCUUGCGCGCCGCCUCUUCGGCCGCCUCGCGGCGUUGCGCCUCUCUCUCCGCAUUCAAGCGGGCCGCAGCCUCCCUCGCCUCGACUUCUUCCCGCGCGCGUCGUGCCGCGUGCUCCUGCUGCUCCCGGUCGCGUUGGGCGCGCAAGUCCGCUUCGGCGCGCUCCUCGGCUAGCUGUGCUUCCUCGAGGCGGGCCCUCUCUGCACGCUCCGCGGCAACUCUCUUCUCUUCUGCAGCGGCACGUUCGGCGGCGACGCGUCGCUGCUCCUCCGCGGCCCGCGCCGCUGCGGCCUUACGCUCUCUUUCUUCGGCUUCUCGUUUCAUGCGCUCCUUUAUUUCUCUUGCCGCCUUCUCGCGGGCGAGACGCUCACGCUCGGCCUUCGCGGCUUGUUCCUCCGCGCGUUUCGCCGCGGCCGCCUGCUCCUCCGCGCGUUUCGCGGCGGCGACCCGUUCGCGCUCGAUGCGUUCAGUUUCCUUGCGUUUUGCCUCCUCGGCAGCAGCUCUCUCCUGGGCAAGCUUCUUCGCCUUCGCCUCUGCUUCGACGCGUGCCCGCUCCUUGGCUGCUUCAUCAGCACGUUUGCGCGCGGCGGCGGCCGCCGCCUCUUCCUCAGCGCGUCUUUUCGAGGCGAGCUCAUCCGCCUUGCGUUUGGCCUCCGCGGCAGCUCUGGCUCGAGCUUCGGCCUCCUUUUUAGCUUUCGCGUCGGCCUCUUCUUUUAGUCGAGCCUUCUCGCGCGCCGCUGCCUCGGCCGCACGCUUCUUCGCGAGCGCUGCAGCAGCAUCCUUCUCAGCCUUGAGCUUGGCCGCAGCGGCUGCUUUUUCACGCUGUUCUUUCGCGAGAGCCUCGGCUUUCAGCUUGGCCGCCGCGGCGUCGGCCGCCUGUUUCUUCGCCAAGGCCUCCUUCUCGCGCCGCUCGGCGUCCGCGCGAGCCUUGGCUUUUGCCGCGGCCAAAGCUUUUGCUUUUUCCUCCUCUUGUUUCUUCUUGGCGGCGGCGGCGAGCGCUUCCGCUUUCUUCGCCUCCGCGAGGCGUUUUGCUUCAGCAUCGGCCUUGGCCUUGGCGAGAGCGGCAUCUUUCUUCUUUUUGGCCUCGAGUUCCGCUGCUUUCUUCGCUGCCGCCGCGCGCGCGUCUGCGGCAGAUUUGGCCUUCUGUGCCGCGACGGCGUCGGCGCGGUCCUUUGCGGCCUUAGCGUCCGCUGCUUUUUUUGCUGCUGCAGCCUUCGCUGCCGCGGCCUGCUUCGCGGCGUCGGGGGCCGGCGGCGGCGGCGCGGUCACGACCUUACCUUUGAGAGGCUGCGGCGAUGACGGCGACGCUGGCCCGACUUUGGCUUUCAGAGCGUCAAGAGCCGUCUUCUGUGAAGCGUUAAGGUUGCCCGCCGCCUCCCUCUUGAUCAGGAAGUUGUACAUGGCCUUCUCGGGGCCGGUGAGCGCCAUGGCGAAUUAUUUGACUGCAGCGCUCCGAGAGGCACAACGCCACAACCCCGGCGCGGUGACGCUUGAACUUCGCGUAGCGCCCACAGAAGGUCCGGGCUACGUCCCACGCGUGCUCAAAGCCUGUGCAGCGUCAGGGGUGUCGCGCACGACGCUGAACAGAUGCCGUCGAUCGAGAGCGCUG